AUGACUAAAGACAAGUUGUCAGAAAAGGGAAGUGACAAAAAGAAGGAAAAUUUAUCUGUUCUAGAGAUGUAUGAGGAUUUCUUGAAAGAAAACAACCCUGAUCCAAAUGAGAAAUUCAAGAGCUAUCAAUCCAGGUAUGUGUGCAGCAAGAGAAAUAAAUUGUUGAGCUUAGAUUAUAUGAUGAAAAAGGACAAAAAUGUGAAGCUUGGACCAACAUCCCCGACUAAGUCUAACAGACAUCCUAACCAAGAUGAGAUUGUCCUUUCCACUCAGUCUCCCUCUGCUGGAAGAAGUGACAUAUUUCCACCAGAAUCAAAGCCAAAUCAGAACAACCCAAGAAGAGACACCACCCGAGGGGCUUUCCUUGAGUUCUACCAGUGGGAGCAAGGGGGAGGCUUCCCCAACUUGGGGAACACGUGCUACAUGAAUGCCGUUCUGCAAUCGCUGUUCGCAAUCCCAUCAUUUGCUGAGGACUUACUCACGCAAGAUGUGCCCUGGAUGAAAAUUCCCUUGAAUGCUCUGAUUAAGCCCUUGAGCCAGCUGCUUCUUUGGAAAGAUAUUUUCAAGGUAGAGACCAAGGGAGAGUUACUUCUGAGUAUUAAAAAAGCCAUCUCGGCUGUUUCAGACAUAUUCUCUGGCAACCUGCAGAAUGAUGCUCAUGAAUUUUUAGGCCAGUGCUUAGACCAGCUGAAGAAGGAUAUCAAGGACUUGAACAGGAGCAUAGAGAGGGAAACUGAACACAAAAACUCACCCACACCAACACAGCCAGACGGUGCAGCCGUCGGAGUGUCCCUUUGUCCAGUGGUGGCAAAUUUUGAGUUUGAAUUGCAGAUUUCCAUUACUUGUACAGCCUGUGGUCAGAUGACGCACAAGACAGAGUCGAGUAAUUACCUCUCCAUCAAUCUACACCAAGGUGACAGGCUACUUCCACCAUCUGUUCAAAGUCUGCUCAACCUUUACUUCAAAACCGAAGACGUGGAGCAUACCUGUAAGGAGUGUGAGAGCAAGAACGCCAUGUUACAGUGCAGGUUUAGUCAGCUCCCCAGAGUCCUUAUUGUUCACCUGAAACGCUACAGCAUGGAUGAGCGCUGGCAGCCGGUGAAGAACAGCCAGCAAGUUGGGAUUCCCGGGCAUUUAUGUUUAGCUCCUCAUUGCAAGGAGAACCCCCAGCCGCCACCCAGACACAGACCCAUGGUGGAUGACCAAGUCCUGGAAGUCUUUCAAGACUGGACUUCUGAGAACCUCGGCUUGCCGACUCCAUCUGUCAUGCUGAGCUCAGCCAGCCAGCCCCUGGCUGUGCCUGGGAGACCAGAGGAAUAUGCUGAACAACAGCGAGCCCAGAUAGCCGGUCAAGAAGGAUUGAGGCACGAGCUGGAGCAGAGCAGCCUGGGAAAUGGUUCUGCACUGGAGCUACAGCUGGGAAACUCUGGAUCUAUGGUGCAGGAUGGAGAGAGGCUGCCAGCCCCUGCUUCAACAGUGGGUGAGGGAGACGUCUCUCUUUGUAUGAUCCAUGAAGAUGAGAAAAUGACAGUUAGCGUCCCUCACUCACAUCUUGGAGACAUGCAUCCUCCGCAGGUGCCUGAAAAUCCAGAACUGAGUCCUGAGGAAACUGCCAUGCUUACAGCGGCAUUAAAUUUAUUAGAAGGAUUUUAUGAUCAUAUACAAAUGGAGACUCUAGAAAGAGGUCAGAGAACAACUGGCUGGUUCCACCAGAAUGACCAGAAGCGGAUGGAAGAAGAACUCCUUCAUCAGGUAGCAUCUCUAAGCGCUGGGAAACUAGAUAGCCUGGAAAAGACAGAGAAGGACCUGAGCGGGUCUUCAGAAUUGAGACCUCAGAAGACUGACCCAAUUUCCCUGGGUGCACCGGGCUCCAGCAAGGCUCCUGAAAAUAAAGACAUCUGGGAAAGCGAGAGCUCCACGGUUGAGGCCGGCGACCCAACCCUUGAGCAGACAGGAGAUCCUCUUGGGGCUUACCGGCUCAUCAGUGUGGUCAGCCACCUGGGGAGCUCCCAGGAAUCAGGCCACUACAUCAGUGAUGUCUAUGAUUUUGAAAAGCAGGCAUGGUUCACCUACAAUGACCUGCAAGUGUUCAGAAUUCCGGAGGCUGUGGUGAAGAAGGCAAGGCGCCAUUGUGGAUACAUCUUUUUUUACAUGCACCACAAGCUAUUUGAAGCCCUGGUAGGAAGGCAGCAAACUCCCAGCUAG